AUGGCUGUCAGCAGGAAGGACUGGUCCGCGCUGUCCAGCCUGGCCAGGCAGUGGACUCUAGAGGAUGAGGAGGAGCAGGAGCGUGAGCGCCGGCGGCGGCACCGAAAUCUGAGCUCCACCACGGACGACGAGGCUCCCAAGCUUGCCCAGAAUGGAGACGCACCGGCUGCCCAGAGACUGCUGAGCGUGGAGGAAGCAGAGGUGCCCAAGCCACGAACCUCAGCCUCUAAAGAUGAGGAGGACGACACCCAGGCCGUACUCAGGACCCGGCAGGAGCGGAGGCAGAGGCGGCAGAUAGUGGAUGCUGCACAGGCCCCCAGCCCGCCGGAGGCACAGGAGCCAAGGGACAGCUCUGGCCCAGGGCAGGCCAAGCAGCAGCCCCUCGUGCCCAAGAAGGACGGGGAGCCGCCACCUCGCCGGAGACUGAGCCGGGAGCAGCGGGGCCCCUGGGCCAGGGAGGAAGAGAGCUUGGCGGGCCGCGAGUCCGAAGGCGGGAAGAAGGAGGUCUCAGAGAAGCCGGCAGUCUCGGAGAAGCCCCCCGUCCUGGGGAAGACAUUAGUACUUGGGAAGAGACUGGUCUCGGAGGAAACCUCCAUCUCGGAGAAGGCUCUGGGCCCUGAGAAAACAUCUGUGUCAGAGAAGAAGUCAAUUCUAGAAAAAACAAGUGUGUGGGAGAAGCCGCCGGCCCCAGGGAAGACUUCAGACAUGGAAAGGAGAAUAGUUUCUGAGAAAGCAUCGCUCUUUGAGAAGUCUCUGGUGUCAGAGAAGACCCAGGCCACCGAGACAAAGCUGGCCCCAAGGAGGGCGGCCGCCUCAGGGCAGCCCCAGGCAGGGGGGCAGCCGGCCUCGGCGGGAAGCCACCCGCCCCCCACCACAGGGCAGAAGGGAAGGGCCCUCCCCGAGGAGAGCCCACCAUCCUCGGCCAAGCUGGGAGAGCAGGGGGCGCCGGACCCUCCGACUGUGGCUUCCCGCCUCCCGCCCAUCACAUUCCAGGUGAAAAUCCCCAGCAAGGAGGAAGAGGUAGACACACCCUCGCCCACCCAGACCACCUACAGCAGCUCCCUCAAACGCUCCAGCCCCAGAACCAUCUCCUUUCGGAUGAGCCCCAGGAAAGACAACUCAGAAACAACCUUAACCCGCAGCGCCAGCAUGCGGCUCCCGGCUGGCACAGUCAAGUUAGGGGAGAAGCUGGAGAGAUACCACACGGCUGUCCAGAGAUCAGAAUCAGUCAAGUCUCCUGGCUCCUCCCGCACCGAGUUCUUUGUGGCUCCCGUGGGCGUAGCCAGCAAGCGCCACCUCUUUGAGAAGGAGCUGGUAGGCCAGAGCCGAGCAGAACCGGCCUCCAGCCGGAAGGAGCACUUGAGGCUUUCAGGGGUUGUGACAUCAAGGCUCAACCUGUGGAUCAGCAGGACCCAGGAGUCUGGAGAUCAGGACCCGCAGGAGGUGCAGAAAGAGUCAGCAGCCACCAAGAGGACCCAGUGGGGAAAGAAAGACUCCUCCCUGGAUGUAGAGCUUAGUGGCUUGGCGGGGGGCUGGGACUACAGUGCCACGCCUCCGCCACGCUUCCCCAGCGCGGUCUCCCAACAGCCUGUCCUCCCCGCCCCCAGUGUCGUGGCCCAUGAUGCUGUCUGGCAGGCCCGUGGCCCCGGCUCGCCCUGCCACAGCUCUGCUGGCCGCCUAGAGGGGCUCAUGGCGGGAUAA